CCCAGCCCUAUUCUAGAGCUUGUUUUCAUAAAUAAACCAAGAAUAUUGAAAAACCAAAUAAACCGCCCGAGUAAUCAACUUUUCUAACCCUUGUGGUUUGCAAUUUCCAAGAGGGAGAACUGGUUCAUUCAUCUGUUCAGCUGAUCAAGAAUCCAGCAUAAACACCUCAAUUCCAUCCUUAUCUUUCCAAAUCUGGGUUUAGAUGGAAUCAUCAUCUUCAGUGAUAACACCGGAAGAUGUACUGGAGUCGUUGAUGAACGAUGGCACAAUUGACACCUUGAGAUUGAAAAUCAUCAAUCAGCUCAAAGCCAAUGAAGAUUUAAAGAGUACGACUAUAAAAAUGGUAGAGCAGAGUAAGGUUCUCAACACACCAGGAGCAGAAAAACAAACUAAAAGGGAACUUUUUGAUGCUCUUCGGCAAGAACUCGAAACCCCUGUGCUUGAAAAGGCGUCUAAAUCCGUUUGGGAGUUGAUUUUAGACGGUAAUGGAUUAGGUAGAGAAAUAAACGAAACCGUUGAAAAGGUGUUUUGUAGGCUAAGCGGUAGAGAACCGCCAUUGUUUGCUCCCAAUGGCGAGCUACAAUCUGAGAAAGGUAAAGAGAAAAAGGCUGAAAAAGGCAAAGGAAAAGAGAAGGAAAAAGAAUAUCAAAAUGAAAACGACAAUGUUGACCCUACACCAAAGAAAAGAAAGUUGGAUGAGAAAACGAAGGCGAAAGAUUCUGCAGAAGAAGUUGCAAACUGAUCUACAAAUGUUCUUUCUGUUAUCAAAUCUACACGGUUUUACAAUGGCUGCAGACAAAUCUGGUGGUGACCUUUUGUGACGCUUAAAUGGCUGAAGUUCUACUUGCUGCAUUUCGGUUUGUAUUCUUGAGUUGAUUUGAGGUGUAGUAAAUUGACUUUGGCUUCUGUUUCUUGUUUUUGGUGUAGAACCAUUUUGUGGUUUUGACCAAACAAAGUCAAACCUAGAUAGUGUAAUUCUUAUGAAGAUUAUUUAUACAAAUAGAACUGAUUUGAAGAUUGA